AUGGUGAGCAACUUGCAGAGCGCACGCUCGAUGGCAACCGUGGCACCUUCUUCUGGUGCCAACGUGUCUGCGUCUGGAUUUGUGCAGAAAACAAUUAAGUUAACGGAUGGCAAGCAAGCUACCUAUGAGGCAUUCGGUAAGCCGAUUGAAAAGCCCCUGCUUGACAACCGCGAGUACAAGCUGAUCCGUCUUCCGAACCAGCUGGAAGUGCUUGUGAUCAGCGACCCAGAAACUGACAAGGCAAGCGCCGCGAUGGAUGUCCGUGUCGGCCACCUGUCGGACCCUCACGACCUGCAGGGUAUGGCGCACUACUGCGAGCACCUCCUGUUCAUGGGCACUAAAAAGUACCCGCGUGAGAAUGAGUACAGUGAAUACCUUUCGAACCACAGCGGCAGCUCCAAUGCCUUUACCUCGCUCGAAAACACCAACUACUACUUUGACGUGGGCCACGAGCACUUUGAAGGUGCAUUGGACCGCUUUGCGCAGUUCUUCUUGGAGCCGCUGUUUGACGCAAGUUGUUCGGAGCGUGAGAUCCGUGCUGUAGACUCGGAGCACAAGAAGAACUUGCAGUCGGAUCUCUGGCGCUCGUUCCAGCUGGAAAAGAGUCUGUCGGACGCAUCGCACCCCUAUUCCAAGUUCGGUACCGGUAACCUCACGACGCUAUGGGAAGAGCCUCGUGCACGCGGCGUGGAUAUUCGCCAGGAGCUGCUUAAAUUCCACGCGGAGUACUAUAGCGCCAACAUGAUGAAGCUUGUCGUGAUUGGACGCGAGUCCGCCGAGCAGCUUACCCGCUGGGUCGUCGAAAAGUUUUCGAGUGUGCCGAACAAAGGAAAAGCCGCACCGCAGUUCCCCAACUCGCCUCUUGGCCCCGAGCAGUUGGGUACACAAGUUCUCUUCCGCACCAUCAAAGACCUGCGCUCCCUGGAGCUUACCUUCCCUUUCCCGGAGCAGGUGCAUCUCUACAAAUCCAAGCCUGGCCAGCUAAUUUCACAUUUUAUUGGCCAUGAAGGUCAUGGCUCGCUUUUCGCAUGCCUCAAGCAGCGGGGAUGGGCGAAUGUACUGAGCGCCGGCUCGGGUGUCGGUGCCGAGGGUUUCGAGCUCUUCAAGAUCGCCGUCGACCUCACGCCGGAAGGCUACGAGAACUAUGAGCAGGUGGUCGCUGCCAUUUUCCAGUACCUUGACCUGCUCAAGUCGCAGACCAUCGAGGACUGGAUGUACAACGAGGUGGAGAAGCUGAGCGAGCUGCGUUUCGCCUUCAAGGAGAAGUCGUCGCCUGCUUCCUAUGGUUCGAUGCUAGCCGGCCAGAUGCAAAACUCGAUGCCGCCCGAGUGGGUUCUGUCGGGCAACUACCUGCUGCGCGAGUUCAACUUGCCGCUGAUUCGCGAGACGCUCACGUACCUCCGUCCCGACCAUUGCCGCGUCAUGCUUGCCGGUCGCGAGCCUCCAGCGGGUCACACGCUCGAUUCGAAGGAGCGUUGGUACGGCACCGAGUACACGAUCGCGCCGAUCCCCAAGUCGCUGCUCAAGCCCGUCAAAGCGCUCGACGGGAUGUCGAUGCCGAAGCAGAACGAGUUUAUUCCGUCGAACCUCGAUGUGAUUGGCGAGAAGGACGCGGCUGCGACGCCGGCUGGCCGUCCGCGGUUGCUGAGCAACACAUCGAUGGCCCGUCUGUGGCACAAGCAAGAUGACCGUUUCUUCCUGCCCAAGGCCAACGUCUCGAUGUUGCUCAAGACGCCGCGCGUGAAUGAGUCGCCGCGUUCGGCAGUGCAGUCGCGUAUGUGGGUCGAGCUGGUGAAGGAUGCGCUCUCUGAGUUCUCCUAUGAUGCAGAAGUCGCCGGUCUGCUGUACAAUGUCGACAGCCAGCUUGACGGCAUUGUCAUUGUUGUCGCAGGAUACAACGACAAGCUGCAGCUCCUUCUCCAGUCGAUUCUCGACACGCUGACCAAGCUCACGGUCGAUCCCAAGCGCUUUGAUAUUGUGAUGGACCAGGUCCGCCGCAACUACCAAAACUUCGACUUGGAGGAGCCAUACCAACACGCUGCCUUUUACUCUACGUACCUGCUCACCGAGCAGAUGUGGACGCAACACGAGAAGCUCGCUGCGAUUGACUCGAUCAAGGCGGAAGAUGUGCAGAAGUACAUUGCUUCGGCGUGCGAAAAGAUGCAUAUCGAGAUGCUCGUCCACGGCAACAUUGCUGCCGAGCAGGCCGAGGGCCUUUUGGGCCAGGUCGAGAGCCACCUAGGUGCUUCACCGCUGCCGGUGAGCGAAGUUGCUCCUGCCCCGUCGCUGCUCCUGCCCGAAGGGAGCAAUACGGCGUGGAAGCUGCCGGUGGAGAACCCUGGCAAUGUCAACUCGAGCUUGGAGUACUACGUCCAGGUCGGUACCCCGACCGACGUAAAACAGCGUGCAGCGCUCGGCCUCUUUGCGCAGAUCGCACACGAGCCGUGCUUCGACCAGCUGCGCACCAAGGAGCAGCUUGGCUACCUGGUCUUUAGUGGCGUGCGCCGCGCCGCCGGUUCGAUGGGCUUCCGUGUGAUUGUGCAGUCCGAACGCGACUCAGACUACCUCGAGUCGCGCAUCGAUGCAUUCCUCGACCAACUGCGCAGCCUCCUCCAAAAGAUGACGGUGGAAGAGUUUGAGGCGCACAAGCGUUCGCUCAUCAACAAGAAGCUCGAGAACGUCAAGAACCUCGCCGAGGAGACGACCCGCUUCUGGUCGAAUAUCCACUCGGGUUACUAUGACUUUAUGAACCGCGAACGCGAUGUGGCACUCCUGAAGGAGCUCACGAAAAACGAUGUAAUGCACCUGAUGGAUACGUAUGUGCAUCCCAGCAGCACCAAGCGCGCCAAGAGCGUGACGCAUCUCCAGUCGCAAGGCACCUCGACGCCACUGAGCAAAGAGGCCUUCGAGGCCUUUGCCGACUUCCUUGGCGAGCACGGAUCGCCGGUUCCGGUCGAAGCGCGCGACGAACUCGCUGCGCAGGCGCAAAGCGUGCAGGCGCUUAAGACGAUUGUUCAGGCCCUGUACGCCCAGGGCGCCGCGUCGACGGACCUCGAAGAGCGCCAGGUGCUCGAGGCUGUGGACCGCUUUGCGGCGCAGCACCCUGCUGCCGAUGCCACGCCGGCGUCCAGUGCGGCGGUGCGUGAUGCGCUGCCUGUGCACACCAUCGACAACGUGCGUGCCUUUAAGCAGCACCUCAAGAAGAGCGAGGUCCCUGAGCCUGUGUUGCCCUGGGCGGACUAUGAAGAGGCGCCGCAAGCGACGCGCGAAGCAGAGCUGGCAAUUGUUCCUCCGUCGGCCAAACGUAGCGUACGUGCAAACAUGUAG